CAUAACCAAUGUACUAAACCAAGUGGAUCUCAACUGAGAAAAGCUAGCUAGGGGAGACACUUUCAACCUCAAAAGAAAAUGGCAAUGCAAGAAGAAGAAGAAGAAGAAUCCAUCCAUGAGUACCCACCAGGCUUUCGCUUUUACCCGACCGAGGAGGAGCUCGUCUCCUUCUAUCUCCCUCACCAGCUUCAAACUCAGCUCCCCGAAAAGCACCGCGUUAUCCCCCUCCUCAACAUUUACGACUUCGACCCAUGGGACCUCCCCAAGUUGGCCGGGGAGCUGUGCAAAGGGGAUAACGAGCAAUGGUUCUUCUUUGUUCCUCGGCAAGAAAGAGAAGCACGAGGAGGCCGUCCAAGCAGAACCACCGCCGCCGGCUACUGGAAAGCCACCGGCUCUCCUGUCUAUGUCUACUCCUCCGCCAGCAAAGUCAUCGGACUCAAAAAGACAAUGGUCUUUUACAAAGGUAGAGCCCCCACAGGUACCAAAACCAAAUGGAAGAUGCACGAAUACAGAGCAAUAGACGAUUCCGCUAAGUUGAGGCACGAAUUCAGUCUCUGCCGAGUUUAUGUGAUUUCCGGAUGCUUUCGGGCCUUCGACCGUCGGCCGAUGGAAUCCAUCGCCGCCGCUCGGAAGAAUGCCGAUUCAAAAAGGAAGGGGAAAGUUUCGUCGCCGGAGAUUUCGUGUUCGGCGGCGGCGAUGGUGCACUGUGACGGAAGUGGCAGUAAUUGGAGGAUGGAUGAAGAUGAGGAAUUUGAAGAAUCCAUUUGGGAAUGGGAGAAAAUGGAUUGGCCCUAGAAAUUGAUAUGUCAAAGCCUAUUAAAAAAAGAAAAAAAAGAAAAUUAUUGGUAUAAUUAGAGGGAAUUUUUAUAAAUAGAGCACAAAAGGCAAAACUACCCGUAAAAUAGAUCAGAAUGCUUAAAUAGAUUAUUCCAUUAAUUUUGCUA